CUUGCCCAGGGGGACACCUGCGUAGGCGUGUGCCCUCCGGCCUCUGAAGCAUGGCGAGCAGCGGCAUGGCUGACAACGCCAACCACCUGCCCUUCUUUUUCGGCAACAUCACCCGGGAGGAGGCAGAAGAUUACCUGGUCCAGGGGGGCAUGAGCGAUGGGCUCUAUUUGCUGCGCCAGAGCCGCAACUACCUGGGCGGCUUCGCCCUGUCCGUGGCGCACGGGAGGAAGGCACACCACUACACCAUCGAGCGGGAGCUGAACGGCACCUACGCCAUCGCCGGCGGCAGGACCCACGCCAGCCCCGCCGACCUCUGCCACUACCACUCGCAGGAGUCUGAUGGCCUGGUCUGCCUCCUGAAGAAGCCCUUCAACCGGCCCCAGGGGGUGCAGCCCAAGACUGGGCCCUUUGAGGACUUGAAGGAAAACCUCAUCAGGGAAUAUGUGAAGCAGACAUGGAACCUGCAGGGUCAGGCUCUGGAGCAGGCCAUCAUCAGCCAGAAGCCUCAGCUGGAGAAGCUGAUCGCCACCACAGCCCAUGAAAAAAUGCCUUGGUUCCAUGGAAAAAUCUCUCGAGAAGAGUCUGAGCAAAUUGUCCUGAUAGGAUCAAAGACAAACGGAAAGUUCCUGAUCCGAGCCAGAGACAACAACGGCUCCUACGCCCUGUGCCUGCUGCAUGAAGGGAAGGUGCUGCACUAUCGCAUUGACAAAGACAAGACAGGGAAGCUCUCCAUCCCCGAGGGAAAGAAGUUCGACACACUCUGGCAGCUCGUCGAGCAUUAUUCUUAUAAAGCAGAUGGUUUGUUAAGAGUUCUUACUGUCCCGUGUCAAAAAAUCGGCACACAGGGAAAUGUUAAUUUUGGAGGUCGUCCACAACUUCCAGGUUCCCAUCCUGCGACUUGGUCAGCGGGUGGAAUAAUCUCAAGAAUCAAAUCAUACUCCUUCCCAAAGCCUGGCCACAGAAAGCCCUCCCCUGCCCAAGGGAACCGGCCAGAGAGUACUGUGUCAUUCAAUCCGUAUGAGCCAGAAGUUGCACCCUGGGCUGCAGAAAAAGGCCCCCAGAGAGAAGCCCUACCCAUGGACACAGAGGUGUAUGAGAGCCCCUAUGCGGACCCUGAGGAGAUCAGGCCCAAGGAGGUUUACCUGGACCGAAAGCUGCUGACGCUGGAAGACAAAGAACUGGGCUCUGGUAAUUUUGGAACUGUGAAAAAGGGCUACUACCAAAUGAAAAAAGUUGUGAAAACAGUGGCUGUGAAAAUUCUGAAAAACGAGGCCAAUGACCCCGCUCUUAAAGAUGAGUUAUUAGCAGAAGCAAAUGUCAUGCAGCAGCUGGACAACCCGUACAUCGUGCGUAUGAUCGGGAUAUGCGAGGCCGAGUCCUGGAUGCUGGUUAUGGAGAUGGCAGAACUUGGUCCCCUCAAUAAGUAUUUGCAGCAGAACAGACAUGUCAAGGAUAAGAACAUCAUAGAACUGGUUCAUCAGGUUUCCAUGGGCAUGAAGUAUCUGGAGGAGUGCAAUUUUGUGCACAGAGAUCUGGCCGCAAGAAAUGUGUUGCUAGUUACUCAACAUUAUGCCAAGAUCAGUGAUUUCGGACUUUCCAAAGCACUACGUGCUGAUGAAAACUACUACAAGGGGAUGAAAGGAAGUGAAGUCACCGCUAUGUUAGAGAAAGGAGAGCGGAUGGGGUGCCCUGCAGGAUGUCCAAGAGAGAUGUACGAUCUCAUGAACCUGUGCUGGACGUACGAUGUGGAGAACAGGCCCGGAUUCGCAGCAGUGGAACUGCGGCUGCGCAACUACUACUAUGACGUGGUGAACUAACCGCUCCUGUACCUGUCGGUGGCUGUCUUUGAUCACAGAAACAGUCACAGGAAAAUGUAUCCAGAGGAACUGAUUGUCAGCCACCUCCCUCUGCCAGUUGGGAGAGCCAGCCUUGGAUGGAACACGCCCGUGACGCGUCACCCAAAGCCUGUCCCGGGACUCACCCUCCACAAAGCAAAGGCAAUGCUGGGGGAGAAGAUGAAUGGCAGGAUCCCAGGGGCUAGAUGGAUUUGUUUGUUUUCUUGUCUGUGUGAUUUUCAAACAGGUUAUUUUUACAAUCUGUUUCCAAAUCCCUUUCGUGUCUUUCCCCUUCUCUGGGUCCUGGAGUGCAUUUGUUACCGAUUGCACCCAGGGGCAUUGCAGAGUGGCCUAGAGCACUCACACCCCAAGCGGCCUUUUCUGAAUGCCCAAGGAUGCCUUAGCAUGUGACUCCUGAAGGGAGGGCAAAGGCAGAGGAAUUUGGCUGCUUCUACGGCAUGGCUGUGACAGCCAAUGAGACUGAUCCCUGGUCACUGAAAAGCUUUCAUGACAAUAAAAAUGUUUUGAGGCUUUAAAAAGAAAA